GAGAGUGUGUUAUCCUUCUCAGUGGAGAGUUGCAUUCAGUGAUUUAACAACUAUUUCUGUGGUCAAUAGUGGUUCUAGUGAACAAGUUUUCUAUUUGCUGUUUCGCUUGGCCUACUCACGGCAGACAGAGGCGUCUGGUUGGCACCUCCCCGUGUUCCCGCCAUGCUUUUAGGCAUUAUAUUGUUUGCCCUCGUCGCUGGAGGCGCGAGGGCCGACGACGACGCCGCCACCACUUCUGGACCAGUCUUUUUGCGCGAACCCCCGAACCGCGUCGACUUCUCCAACACCACCGGUGCCAUCGUGGAGUGUAGCGCCCGAGGAAACCCGCCCCCCGACAUCAUAUGGGUGCGGUCGGACGGUACCGCCGUAGGAGAUGUUCCCGGCCUCCGACAAGUUUUGGCAAAUGGAAAUUUGGUGUUCCCCCCGUUCAGAGCCGAAGACUAUCGACAGGAAGUGCACGCUCAGAUUUAUGCUUGCUUGGCUAAAAACACAGAGGGGUCCAUACAUUCGAGAGAUGUCAACGUUAGAGCCGUUGUGUCGCAGUACUAUGUGACCGAGGCCGAAAAUGAAUACGUCAUCCGCGGAAAUUCGGCCGUCAUGAAAUGCAAGAUACCUAGUUUCGUAGCCGAUUUCGUCCAAAUCGAUUCGUGGAUUUCGAGCGAAGGCCAAGUUCAUAAGUACAACGAUAACAGCGAUUACGAUAGCAAAUAUUUGGUUUUACCCUCCGGAGAAUUGCAUAUUAAAGACGUAGGACCUGAAGAUGGUUAUAAAUCAUAUCAAUGUCGUACAAAACAUAGACUCACUGGAGAAACUAGACUGAGUGCGACUAAAGGAAGGCUGGUCAUUACUGAACCCACUAAUAAUGUAGCACCCAAAAAAGAUGGUGAGAAAUUCGAAGGCUGGAAACUACUCCUUGUUGCACAAAAUGCUACUGCGUGGUUAACUUGUCAAGUUACUGGUUACCCUGCUCCUCGAUAUUUAUGGUACAAAUUCAUUGAGGGAACGACCCGCAAACAGGCAGUGGUUUUGAACGAUAGGGUGAAGCAAGUAGCUGGAACACUGAUCAUACGUGAAGCUAAAGUGGAAGAUUCUGGAAAGUACUUAUGUGUUGUCAAUAAUUCAGUUGGAGGAGAAAGUGUAGAAACAGUUUUGACAGUCACCGCACCACUCAAAGCAAAAAUCGACCCACCAGUACAGACCAUUGACUUCGGCAGGCCUGCUGUAUUCACUUGUAAAUUCGAAGGAAACCCAAUCAAAACUAUAAGCUGGCUCAAAGAUGGAAAUCCGAUCGAUCACACUGACGCUAUUUUACGUAUCGAAGCAGUUCGGAAAGAAGACAAGGGAAUGUACCAGUGUUUCAUCAGGAAUGAUCAAGAAAGCGCAGAAGCGACAGCGGAACUGAAACUUGGUGGAAGAUUCGAGCCUCCUCAAAUCCGACACGCUUUCAACGAGGAAACUGUUCAACCUGGAAACUCAGUCUUCAUGAAGUGUAUCGCUUCUGGAAAUCCCACUCCUGAAAUCACCUGGGAAUUAUACGGAAGGAGACUCUCGAACAACGAUGUAUAUCAAAUUGGUCAAUAUGUUACGGUUAACGGUGAUGUGGUGUCCCAUUUGAAUAUCACUGCUAUACAUACAAAUGAUGGCGGUCUCUAUAAGUGUAUUGCCAGUAGCAAAGUUGGUUCGGCCGACCAUUCAGCAAGAAUCAAUGUAUACGGUUUGCCUUUUGUGAGGUCGAUGGAGAAACAGGCGAUUGUGGCGGGAGGAAUGCUCAUUGUUCAUUGCCCCUUUGCUGGUCAUCCCGUGGAAGCAGUUGUUUGGGAGAGAGACGGUCGAUUAUUGCCGAUCAAUAGGAAGCAGAAAGUCUUUCCAAAUGGGACUUUGAUCAUAGAGAAUGUGGAACGGACAUCUGAUCAGGCUACUUAUGACUGUGUGGCGAAAAAUUCACAAGGCUACAGUGCCAGGGGAUCGCUCGAAGUACAAGUAAUGGUUCCUCCCCAAAUCGUUCCUUUUGAUUUUGGAGAAACCACAGUACAUGCAGGACAAUUAGUACAGACUACUUGUACUGUAACUGAAGGAGAUCUACCUAUGAUGAUAAAAUGGCGACUCAAUGAUCAGCCUUUGGAAAGUUUUCCAGAUAUAACAACUACUGCUGUUGGAAAACGUAUCUCGAUAUUAGCGAUAGACUCUGUUUCAUAUAGUCAUGCUGGACGUUACACCUGUGAAGCUGAGAAUAGAGCAGGAAUUGCGCAGUUUUCGUCCGAAUUACUCGUGAAUGUUCCUCCAAGGUGGAUUUUAGAACCUACCGACAAAGCAUUUGCUCAGGGUUCCGAUGCUAUUGUUGAAUGUAAAGCCGAUGGAUUCCCCAAACCCGUUGUUACAUGGAAAAGGGCGACUGGGGUUUCACCGGGCGAUUAUAAAGAUUUCAAACCCAAUAAUCCAGAUAUCAAAGUUGAGGAUGGUACACUAACAAUUAAUAAUAUACAGAAAACCAAUGAAGGGUAUUAUUUAUGUGAAGCUGUAAAUGGUAUUGGGUCCGGUCUCUCGGCCGUCAUCUUGAUCAGUGUUCAGGCUCCCCCUCAAUUUGACGUGAAGUACCGUAACCAAACCUCAAGAAGAGGUGACCCUGCAGUGCUGCAGUGUGAAGCCAAAGGAGAAAAACCAAUUGGUAUUUUGUGGAACAUUAACAACAAACGACUGGAACCCAAAGGUGAUAACAGAUAUACCAUAAGAGAGGAAAUUUUGCCCAACGGUGUUUUGUCUGACUUGAGCAUCAAGAGGACCGAAAGAAGUGAUUCAGCUAUAUUCACUUGUAUUGCCACUAACGCUUUUGGAAGUGAUGAUACUAAUAUCAAUAUGAUCGUUCAAGAAGUUCCUGAAGUUCCGUACGGUCUGAAAGUCUUAGAUAAAUCUGGAAAAACCGUUCAGCUAUCCUGGGUAUCUCCCUAUGAUGGAAAUUCUCCUAUCAAGAAGUUUGUUAUCGAGUAUAAGCCAAGUAAAGGAAGUUGGGACAAGAAUUCUGAACGAGUUUUGAUACCAGGAGAUCAAACAGAAGCGGGCAUUUUCACAUUACGCCCCGCUACCACAUACCAUAUUCGAAUUAUCGGCGAAAACGACAUUGGAACUAGUGAUCCUUCUGAAACUGUAACGAUUAUCACUGCCGAAGAAGUUCCAAGUGGUCCUCCGUCCAGUAUCAGAAUUGAAGCAGAAGACCAACAUUCCUUGAAAGUUUACUGGAAACCUCCUCUCAGGGACCAAUGGAAUGGUGACAUUCAAGGUUACUAUGUUGGCUACAGGUUAGCUAACAGCGACAAACCUUAUUUGUUCGAAACUGUCGAAUUCCAACGAGAAGAAGAGGGAAAAGAGCACCACUUAAAGAUUUCUAACCUCAAAACAUAUACUCAAUACUCAGUGGUCGUGCAAGCGUUCAACAAAGUUGGAGCUGGUCCAACUUCUGAAGAUAUCAAGGCCAACACUGCCGAAGGAGUUCCCGAACAACCCCCCGAAAAAACUACUUGCACAACACUAACAGCUCAAACUAUCAGAGUUUCUUGGGUAUCCCCACCACUUACAUCUGCCAAUGGUAUCAUCAAAGGAUAUAAAGUUAUAUAUGGACCCUCUGAUUCUUGGUUUGAUGAAAAUUCUAAGGACACGAAGAUCACUGCUUCCAGUGAAACUAUCCUCCAUGGUCUGAAAAAAUAUACCAAUUACAGCAUGGAGGUUUUGGCAUAUACUUCAGGAGGUGAUGGUGUUCGUACAACCCCAAUUCAUUGUCAAACUGAACAAGAUGUUCCGGAAUCUCCAACAGCUCUCAAGGCUUUAGUUAUGUCUGCUGAGUCUAUUUUGGUGAGUUGGAAACCUCCAACAGAACCAAACGGUAUCAUUGAAUAUUACAUUGUAUAUUACAAAGAGGUCACCAGUGAUGAAAAGCCGAAAUCUCAAAAAAUAGUACCAAAUUUGAAAAAUCAAAAUUUGAGUUAUCAAGCUAAAAACCUCGAUAGCAAUCUCAAAUAUGAAUUUUGGGUUACUGCUGCAACAACCAUUGGAGAAGGACAACCUUCCAAGAAAGUUACAGUUUCUCCGAGCACAAGUGUACCCGCCAAAACCGCAUCUUUUGACGAUACAUUCACAACAAGCUACAAAGAAGAUGUAACCCUCCCUUGCUUGGCCGUCGGUGUUCCAACUCCAGUCAUAACUUGGUCAAUAAAAGGAGUCAAAUUAAUCCCCAAUUCGAAUGACAGAAUUAGACAGCACCCAGACGGAUCCCUAUUCAUUCGUGACAUAACUCGAACUGAUGCAGGCGAAUACUCUUGCAGGGUAGAAAAUGAUUACGGUCAAGAUUCUGUAACUCACCAGUUAAUCGUGAAUGCUCCUCCUCAUGCUCCCAUAGUACAGCUCACCUCGACAACAACGAACUCUUUGACGAUAAAAUUAAAACCACAUGAUACCGAUGGGGAGCCAAUCCAUGGAUACACCAUCCACUACAAGCCUGAAUUCGGAGACUGGGAAACUGUUCAGGUUGCACCCAACGUUGAGAAACAUACAAUUGAAAAACUUUUGUGUGGGACUAGAUAUCAGCUUUAUGUUACUGCCUAUAACAGCAUUGGCACUGGAGAUCCGUCUGAUAAUUUGAACCCCAAGACUCGAGGUGAAAAACCAAUUAUCCCAAGUGCAGAUAAAUUUAUUGAAGUAUCCUCAAAUAGCAUUACCUUACGUCUUAGUGCAUGGUCAGACGGUGGAUGUCCUAUGUUAUAUUUCGUGAUUGAACAGAAAAAAAAAACCAAUACUGAGUGGAUUCAAGUAUCCAACAAUGUGAAACCAGGACAAAACUUUGUACUUCUUGAUUUGGAUCCAGCUCAGCGGUAUCACUUGAGGGUCACUGCUCAUAAUAACGCAGGGUUCAAUGUAGCAGAAUACGAAUUUGCUACUUUGACUAUCACAGGAGGUACGAUCGCACCCGCCAGAGACUUGCCCACCAUGAAAAUGCUCUUCCCGUGGAUUCCCGAUUGGGUCGAUUGGAACAUUGCGGUUCCCGUUGCUGCGACUGUAGUCGUGGUCGUAGUUGGUAUUGUUGUCAUUUGCGUCGCGCUUUCCAGGAAAGCUCACGGGCCUCUCCAAACCAGGCUCCGGAGCGACUGUAUGUAUGACGUGGUAUAUAAUCAGUCCUGCAAUGCAACAUCUACAAUGGACAAACGUCGUCCUGACCUGAGAGACGAAUUAGGCUACAUCGCCCCACCUAAUAGAAAACUUCCACCCGUACCAGGAUCGAACUACAAUACUUGCGACAGGAUCAAGCGAGGUACAAUAAGUAUGGAUGAUGAAAUUUGCCCGUAUGCCACUUUCCAUCUGCUUGGAUUCCGCGAAGAAAUGGACCCAACAAAGGCAAUGCAAUUCCAGACCUUCCCUCAUCCUCAUGCCGGGACAAUGGGUCCUUCUGGAAUGAACACUCCUCAUGGAAUUCAUUCCCGUAAUGGAUCUCAAUCUAUGCCACGUCAAAACAGGAACAGAUAUGAUAGAGUCGGUUCUCAAGGUAAUGGUAGUAUUUACUCUCCUGGCCCAGAAUAUGAUGAUCCAGCUAAUUGUGCACCAGAAGACGAGCAAUACGGAUCCCAGUACGGCGGAUAUGGAGCACCAUAUGAUCAAUACGGAAGCAGAGGAUCUAUUGGACGCAGAUCUUUAGGUUCACUAAGAGUACCACCAAACAACGGUAGCCCGGAACCUCCACCCCCACCACCACGCAAUCAUGAUCAGUCUUUCAACGACUCGAAAGAUAGCAACGAAAUAUCCGAAGCCGAAUGUGAUAGAGAUCAGCUUAUUAACAGUCGAACGUAUGGCG